AUGGUAUUGGAAAUUGAAGACGUCCCAGUGCCGUCGGAACCAUUGCUACGUGCCGCCAGCGUAGCAUUGCCUCUGACCGAAGGCACACCAUCCUUCAGGCUCGAUGCGCAGAACAAGUCGUUCAAGCAUCAAUACGCGAACAUAUACUUCUUGCGACUGCGGCUACUGCGUACUUUUGUGGAGGAGAAUGCCGCUAAGAAAUGGCGCAACCUGGCUGGCUCCCCAAAGCUAAUUCCUCGUGUUUUGGAGGUCACCAAGGGCCAACUCUGCUUCAUUGUCGGCACAGUAUACAUGGACAUGCCGCUGAAGCCCAAUGUAUUGGAAGACAUCGGUCGCGAUCGUUCGAUACCCGCUCCCCCGCCUCCUAGGAAAAUCUUCUCCGAUGAUGAUGUCGUUAGCUUGGAGGACGAGUCCGGCCGCAUUCGAUUGGCCGGGGAUCGAGUGAAGAGCACGACUCUGGUCACGGGUGUCAUCGCCGGCGUACUCGGUGUCGAAACGGCUGCGGGGGAGUUCGAGGUCGUGGACAUCUGCUUUGCCGAUCUGCCACCCCAUGACGGCCAAGACGGAAAUGAAGAAGACGCUAUGCAGGUCGAUGAUGCAGUCGAAGAUCAGGAUGAAGAAUACAUCGCAGUCAUAUCAGGGUUGGACAUCGGAACAUCCGCAGCAGUCGAAGCACAGACACAGAUGCUUGCAGAAUACUUGACGGGAGAGGGCGGAGGUCCUGAUGACGCCGGCGUCGCGUCGCGCAUAACGCGGCUGAUUGUUGCAGGCAACUCCUUGUACCCCAUCGAGCCUACGGAAGAUGGACCAAGAGAGCGGAAGGCAAAACGCUACGGACACGGGCCCGCGAAUUUCUCACCACAUCCAAUUCAUGAUCUAAUUGGCCUUCUGGCAGAUGUCGCACGCUCAAUGCCCGUGCACAUUCUUGCCGGUCAGACAGACCCACAGGGUGUCAUUCUACCGCAGCAGCCCUUCCCGCGCGCCAUGUUCGGUGACGCCUCCAAGUUCGCGUCCUUCUCAUGCGAAACGAACCCGACGUAUCUUCGUUUUGCACCAGGCUCUGAAGACGAUGCACAGCCGACAAAUGGCGCUUCAAGCUCUCACGCCUAUCCUUAUACACGUACCAUACUCGCAACGUCGGGCCAGCCACUCAACGACCUCUGCAAGUACGUCCCCACGGAUGGCACGGCGCGACUUGACCUUGCGGAAUCCACGCUUCGUUGGCGACACAUGGCGCCCACUGCGCCAGACACGCUAUGGUGCCAUCCGUUCUUUACCACCGACCCUUUUGUACUCCGCACAACGCCGGACGUGUAUGUGCACGGAUGUCAGCCGCACUUCGCUACACGUCUUGUCGAGGACGGUUCGAAACGCUGUCGGGUGGUAUUGGUACCAUCGUUUGCGGACAGCGGUGUCCUUGUUCUUGUGGGUUUACGGACGCUCAACGUGCGAACAGUGAAGUUUGCUGUAGUCGGCAUGGCCAUUGGAGAGUAA